AUGGACGGAAACGGUUUUGUCAACCACGUUUUUCGCUUUAAACACAAGACACCAAGUGACAGUCAAGAUCCAGCACUAUGCUGUUCUUUUGCCAAUUGGAUGGCGACAUUUGUAACCAACUUUACAGCCGUGGAACAGUCGGAAAGCAAAUGUAGCCAUGUCGAACCUUUACUGGACGAUCGUAUGGUCUCGGCGUCGCUCUUUACAAUUCAUGAAGUCGAAAUGUUACAACAAUUGGCGCAACGUCUUGUUGCUCCAGGUGGUAAACAUAAAAGAGGUGACGUGUGGUAUGAUCCAUGGCUUCCACAAUAUGGAUGUGUAGUUCAACGAAGUUGCUUAAGUGAUAUUAAAGUCAAGAUUGAAGUAAUUUUCGUCGAUGGAUGGGAGCGGACGCUUCACUUCUUACCAUCUGGAGAGUGUGUCCAUAGUGCCGUGCCAACGACACACCACGUCCUGCAUUGUGCAGACUUGGACACAAAAGUAGAAGCGGAAUUCUCGACUAGCUUUUCUGCCAAGUUAUCUGAAGCACAGACUCGUAGAGCAUCAGAGAGAAGUGCAGCACACAAUCAAUUGGGACACCAAAAGACUCCGCAGUUUAUUGCUGCAGUGGUGAGGUGUACCGUUAAUUCGUUAGUGCAAGGGGUCUCACAAGUUGGGUCGAUAACUGCUGGUCCCAGAGGAGGCACAACUGAUGUGGGACUACAUACUGGAGGCCGAGCACGGGACACUUGCUGGGCAAUUGUUAAAGCUGUGAUUGAGACACAAUCUCGAUUGUGA